CAGUCCUUGUCGCUCUCCUCAUCUUAUCAAAAAAGUUAAAACGCCAAAGAAUCUUUGCUUCUUGACGAAGGGUGUGUCUUGCAUUUAGUUCUGAAAAUGAGUUCCAACUUUGAGUGUGACCUCGAUUUCCUUCCCGGAGACCUCGGCUCCGUUGGAAUUUCAAAGUACAAGUCGAAGAACUCUGGCAUGACGGUGUAUUUUGCGGAAGUGGAGUCACCAGUUAUCAAUGGUUACUUUUGCUUGGGAUCUGAUCAACCGGAAGCUGGUGGGAUUGAACAACUAAUCCAUCAUCUGGACUCCUCUGGUGGCCUUCUUCCCCGUCCAAUGAGGGGAGAGAUGCUUCGACCGGCGUGGCAAUUUCAUGGGGCCGAGAAUCCUCUGGCUGACCGAGACCAAAGUUGUUACGUUUGCUGUGCCUUAGGCGAACCUGCGUUUCUUGGGACAUUUUCGUGCUCUACGUAUCUCUUGCAAAAUAUUGAGGCUGUGAUGGAACUUCAUGGGUAUCCGUACAAACAGCAAGAAAUGGUUGAGAAACCCAAAGGUUCAAGUGAAGAAGUUGCGAAAACACCUGAUGCCAAAGGAGAUGACGUCGUUGAUGCCCUCGCCAACCUGAAUGUGGACAUUGAAGGCGCAGGAGCCGCUGAGAGUGCGACCGCUGAAGGCUUUGAAAGUGAUGAAGAAGAAUACACCGGACCUCGAUUGGAAGAGGCGGAGUACUACGCCUUGAGUGAGGCCGGAGAGGGUGCCAUGGCUUGGGAAGGAACGCUACAGUCAAUGUUCCCCAAUACACCUGCGUUUUGGAAUCGCCUGUUGAGUGAUGGAAGAUUCAAUCGUUCCUCGUCCAAGAUGAGAAGAUGCUAUGAUCGCCUGUAUCGUCCUGAAAAUUUGACUGUAAUUAUAACUGGAAUUGUGAAGAACAAGGAUCAUAUUUUGGAUGUAUUGCAUGAUCAUGAAAGUGAUUUUACUGAGGGGCGUCCAUCAAUCCCACCAUUUGUGAAGCCAUGGAGCAGAUGCUGCUAUUUGCCUAUGGUCUCAAGUCCGGUUACGAAUACAGCAUGGUUUGUCUGUCGCAAUCCUAUGCGGAAACCAAUGCCUACUGUGUGCGUUGGAUGGAGAGGGUGUUCAUCCACAGACUUGGAAACAUCCAUGUCUAUCAAAGUCCUUUCUGCUCAUCUUGCGAUUGGCCCAAUGUGGACAAAACUUGUCACAACUGGACUUGCACACCGAAUCUCAUGGUGUCAGCUAGAGUAUUCUGAGAGCUGUUCUUUGAUUACCGUGCAUGGACUCAGGGAUCUGGAAACAGCAGAAAACGUAGUCAAUCUGACAAAUGAAACCAUCGAUGAACUAAUGUCCGAGUCUCCGGAUAAGGGUUUGAAGCUGGAUGAAAUCCGCGCAAUGGCAGACCGUGUUGGGUGGCAUUAUAUUAGGGAAUUUGAGUCUGAACCGUUCCUCAUGAUAGCGUCGGCUAUCGCCAAAGCUGAAAGAUAUGGAGAAGGAUCUCCGGAACAAGUGAAACUAAGGAUGCGCCCACGAAUAAUAUUUGACGAACUUCUCAAGAAACCGAUCCAGUUUUGGUUGGAUGUCAUGAAGAAGCAUUUCGUAGAUGCUCCGAUUUUUUGCACCAAAGUCUUGCCGAAGGAUGUCAGCAUGGAUAACCCACAAGUUCAAGAGACGAUGAUUAAAGAAGAACAAACUGGAGAUUUUGCGGCGUCAUCGCGCCGAGCAGCAUCUCGUCCUCGAAGGGCAACAAACCCAGUGGCUCAGGAAAUUGCUGUUGAAGAUGAUAAUCGGCGGGGUGAACCUGCUUUGCCCAGUACCGAAAAAACUACAACUUUGGGCAUGCUAGAAGAGCACUUGCAAUUGAGUCCUUUCCCAUUCGGGGAUUUUGAAGACGAGAGGAAAGAAUUCGAAAGUGGUCUGGAGGUGACUAACGACUUUUUGGAAAACGUGAAAACGGCUGAAUUGAAGUCCUGGCCAUUGACAAGUUUUAAUUCUGAAAGUGAAAUACAACAUCCUUUGUUUCCCCUAACUGAGCUCCCAAUGUACACUUUUCUGGAGGAUACUGAGACUUCUUUUGUUUAUAUCACAACUGUGCUCGACACUAGCCACCUGAACAAUGAAAUGAGAAAGUUUCUCCCCAGCGUCACUGCAGCUCUUGGAGCAUUUGUAUGCCCACGCCCACCAGGCUUAGACACCGAUUGCGAGAUUGUGGACCCAAAUGAAUUUAACCCACCCCUGGAAAUUGCAGACUCUCAAGUGUCAAUUGGGCUGAAUGGAGAAAUGAUGCAGAGCAUUUUUCUGACGAUUAUUGUUCGACCUGAGAAAUAUUGCUGGGCCGUGGGUUUGCUGCAUUAUAUCCUCUACAAAAGCGAAUUUUUUCCAAAUUUUCUAAAGUUCGUGGCCACCGAGGCUGCCCGUGGGCUGGCUGCAAAUUACAAAAUGCAAACUGCUGAAAAACCAAACUACGAUUGCUUUGAUUCUACUGAGAUUAAUUUGCACUCUUUGAUCAAACAAGUGUACGAGGAAGGUGCGAAUGCUCGAUUGUUUGUUGGAAGACGGCGACUUGAUCUCAUGAUGGAGUACAUUCAGGAGCUGGACAAGAAUCCUGCUGAAAUCACAUCCACUACCAACGAUGUGUGGAAAUCAAUUGUUGCUGCGAACAAAAUUGUUGUUCAAUUGGCAGCAAAAGUGAAGGAUGUCAAACAAAUUCAUGGAGACUUGGUUCAGCCAUGGAAGCAAUACUUUACCGGCGUGAAUAAGCCAGAAACAUUCAGUCAAAUUCAGCCGACUCUGGAAACGACGGUCAUGAAGAUCCCCAAAGGAAGUGGCAUUGCCGUUUCUCUCAGCCAGCCUCGACUGCCUUGCUUGAACAUUGCAAUUACCAUCAAUCCACACAACGAAGAUUUCCCAAAGCUGUGCAUGGCUGCUCAGCUCUUUUCCAUGGCUCAAAAGUGGAUAUGGAAUUGCUGGGAUCUGGAUGACUAUUGCUCCCCAGUUUUAAGAAUGCCUUGUUCAUACGCCAAUCUGAUGACACUCAACCUGGAGUCUUACGACGUAAUUGGAUGCUUGAAAACCAUGCAGAUGUUAAUGACGGAUGAUUGGAAGUGGAUAAGUGCAAUUCUGACGGCAACAAAACUCAUGGUUGUAAAUGACCCUGCGACGAUGGAGCUUGGACCACAGGGGACGAUUGCAUCAGCUCUGUUGUCGCACUUGGCAGGACAGCCAGAGAAUGUUCGACGAGAUCUUCUGAAGGAUAGCAUGAACGUGACCGUUGAUGACAUCAAGCAUGUGAUCAAAACUUAUUUGCUUAAAUUUUUUGAUCCCAAAGAAUCUUGUUGUUCAUUGCUGACUUCGGAUGCGGAAGAAAAGUUGCGAAUCAUUCAACGUCUAGAAGAAAUGGGAUAUAAAAUGGAAAGCAAGGAACUUCAGGAUCUCUGCGUUAACCUCUAAUUUGUGUUUUAAAUUGCUAGUCUCCAAAAAUUGUUCAAAUUUUCUAAACCGAAACCAAAUAUUAUGCUUAUGAACAAGUAGAAAAAAUCAUGAAUUAGUUACCAGUCUU